UCGUUGUAAACUCAGAUGUUUGCACCUUGUCGAGCUCAGGCUGUCAGAGCGGACACUUUCAUCUUACGCGCAGCUGCUGGAGGGAUUGUUGGAGGUGAGGCGUCGACUUCCUGUCGGAGAGGAGCCUCCAACAUGGCAAGCGGGGAGGGCGCUGAGAGGCGGCGGGGCGACAGGUACUCGGUCCUGCUGCCCACUUACAACGAGAGGGAGAACCUGCCGCUCAUCGUCUGGCUGCUAGUCCGAUACUUCGAUGAAAGUGGAUUUGACUAUGAAAUUAUAGUGAUUGAUGAUGGAAGUCCUGAUGGGACACUUGAGGUUGCCAAACAGUUGGAACAGAUUUAUGGAUCUGAUAAAAUCCUGCUGAGACCUAGAGCAAAGAAACUGGGAUUAGGAACAGCAUAUAUCCAUGGAAUACAGCAUGCCACUGGCAACUUUGUCAUUAUAAUGGAUGCUGAUCUUUCACACCAUCCAAAAUUUAUCCCUGAAUUCAUAAAAAAACAAAAGGAAGGAAAUUAUGAUGUUGUGUCUGGUACUCGUUAUAGAGGGGAUGGAGGAGUAUUUGGCUGGGAUCUGAGAAGAAAACUCAUCAGCCGAGGAGCAAAUUUCGUCACUCAGGUUUUGUUGAGGCCAGGUGCUUCAGACUUGACAGGUAGCUUCAGAUUAUACAGAAAAGAAGUACUGCAGAAACUGGUUGAAAAGUGUGUAUCGAAAGGCUAUGUCUUUCAAAUGGAGAUGAUCGUUAGAGCUCGCCAGCUGAACUACAGUAUCGGGGAGGUUCCUAUAACAUUUGUGGACCGUGUGUAUGGUGAAUCUAAACUGGGAGGAAAUGAAAUUGUGUCAUUUCUGAAAGGACUGCUGCAUCUCUUUGCCACCACUUGAUCAAAACUAAUAUUUAGUACUGAAAUCUUCUAUGUCUAGAAUGUUUUAAGACUAGGUUUGUGUAUCUCCCUAUUUCACAAUGAAUCUCAUUGUAAAGUCUAAUUUUAUAUUUGUACAAAUCUGUAGCACACCUCAGUAAGUGAACAAUUGUAAAAUACAAUUUGAAAUAAAAUCGUUCCAGUCUGUCUAUUAAAUAUUAAUUUUACUUGA